UCUUGUUUCAAGUUCGAUCGAUGAACAGAAAAGCUUUUUAAUGCUCAAAAUGGCGCGGUCUCUUUCAAACAAGUGGGCAGCGCUGCUCACGCGUUAUGUGUGAUUGGCAAAAAUGUAUAUGCGAAAUUCGACGAUCCACCAGAUAGCAAUUUUUUUUGGGCAAAAAGCACGGCAAACACCCACAAAAAACAAUUUGCAUAUUCAAAAGUGUAAAAGCGUAAAAACAACACGCAGCUGUGAUCCUUAGAUCUAAAAAAAGAUUAAAAUGAAUUAUGAACGGAUGACUGAGCCAGAAGAUGAAGAAAGAAGCGUUCAAAAUCGAAGUAAUGAUGAUGGCAACAACACUCGCCAAAUUCCGCAGGGAGCACAACAAAAUGAUGCAGAAAAUAAUCCGGAAGACAAUGUAAAAUAUUUUAUAUCAUCGCCGGCUACAGAACUUCAACAAAUAAUAAAUAAUAAUGGACAGAAUAAUAUCACACAUAACCUGACGGGCAACGCAAAAUACUAUAUCGCAUCAUCGACUACAGGCACUGUGACUAUUUUAACAGAAACUGUAUUUGGGUUUUUUGUUGCUCCUGAUUUACAUCCGCACAGUUUGGCGCUUUGUGACGAAAGCACCCAAAAACUCUUUCUUUGUAAUAUCUACACGAUACUGAUGACACAAUUACUUUUUACCACGGGCGUUAUAAGCAUUUUCUUAUACCACGAAGCAACAAAACAUUUCGUAUUGGAGAACAAAGAAGUAAUAAUCCCUGCUCUGAUUGUUAACAUUAUCAUAGUGAUUAUGACUUCAUGCAGUGAAAAAAUUCGUCGCCAACAUCCGAUUAAUUUAGUGGUUCUGAUCAUAUUCUCUUGCACCAUGUCACUAUUUUUUGGUAUAGCGACCAGCUUACUGAAGACUCACUAUCUGCUACUAAUGAUAACAGUAAUGACUGCAGUGAAUAUUGCUGCCGUGAUUAUAUUCGUAAUGCAAACGAAAUACAAGUUUACGCCUUGGAGAUGCGGUGGAAUUACCAUCAUAAUUUCUUUUCUAGCUCUUGGAUUGUCUGCUGGAUUUUUACUUGAUAGUUUCUGGGAAGCGGCACUAGGUAUUUUUGUUGCCUUGGUUGUUUGCUCAUCGAUAAUCUUCGAUGCACAGCGUAUUAUUUGCGGCUGGCAUACGUAUGAGUUCAAACCGAAUGAAUAUACUUUUGGAGCGCUAUCAUUGUAUUUCGAUAGCAUAGACUUUCUUAUUCCAUUCUCACGUGUUAAAAAACGUAGCCCAAUUCUUGUACUUUCUAAGCAGGAUUUGCCGGCCAGUCUACGAAAUGCAUAAUUUUAAAUUACCCAUAUAUGAUAUACUCAGGGAUUUCACACUGACAAUGUCUUCAAGCAAGUCAAUAGCGUAAACUUAAACAAAAAUCAAUUUCAAAAAUGGAAUGAUAACCAUGUACACACAGAAAAUAAAUGUAAUAUACUU